AUUUGCAGCCGCUGCUUGCUCGUUAUGCCACAUUUUUGGUGACCCACUUCUUUGAUUCAAGGCUAGUCAGCAAUGAUUUGAAGGACACCUUGGUGCAAGCCUUGGCCUGUUUCACAUGUUACCCUGACACUUUGAAAGUUCUAGAAGAGCUGCCCAUGGACAG